AAACGCACACAAUCUCUCUCCAGCUUCACUGAAAAUCUUGAAAUCCAAGGAACAACAAAAGUUAGAAGAAGAAAAGAGGAGAGAGACGAAAAAAAGAAGGAAGAAGAAAAUGGUGGGAAUGAUGGGAUGGGGAAGCCAAGAGCAAGGAUGGAGGAAAGGGCCAUGGACGCCUGAGGAAGACAAGUUGCUCAGUGAGUAUGUGGGAUUGCAUGGGGAAGGAAGAUGGAGCUCCGUUGGCCGCUCUGCCGGAUUGAACAGGAGUGGCAAGAGUUGCAGGCUGAGGUGGGUGAACUAUCUCCGCCCGGGUCUCAAGAGAGGCCAAAUCACGCCUCAAGAGGAGGGCAUCAUCAUCGAGCUCCAUGCUCUCUGGGGCAACAAGUGGUCGACCAUAGCUCGAUACUUGCCCGGACGGACCGACAACGAAAUCAAGAACUACUGGCGAACUCACUUCAAGAAGAAGGACAAGUCCUCCCACAAAGGAGAAAAGCGAAGUCGGAGAGCUCAAAGUCUAAAGCAACACUUGAAUCACCAUCAACAACCACAACGGCAGCAACAAGAAGCACAAGCACAACCGGAGACCGUCUACGAGACAGAAAACAUGCCCUCGUCCCUUCAUGCAGAGCCAAAUGAGCAUCAGGAGAAAAUUAUGGAGGAGACGCGAGCGGCGAAAGAGGCAGUACCCAUGCACGCCGCUGCCGAGGAUCACUGCCCGCCUGCUCAAGAAGUCCCGUCCUGGGAGGACUUCGUCGGAGAUCAUGUGCUGUGGGGUGGACUUUGGAACUUUGACGACGUGCACGAUCCCUUCGAUCAUCCAAGCAAUUGCAACAAGAUGGCCAUGCAGAAUCAAGCCUCAAGUGCGGGGUUUUCUUGUGAUUUCCAUGGUGGAGGAUACUACAUCUUCCAGGGAAAUGUCGUCGACUUUUAGCUGUAUUUGUGUCCUAUACUCAUAAUUCUAUACUUGGCAUAAAAGUGUUUUUAUCAUCUUCCUUAGUUGAAGAGGAUUAAAAUAAUUGGUUUCCUUUUCAAAAUACUUAUUAUGUAUCCGCUCCCUUAGCGAUCUCUGGACGAAAAUAUUAAGUUUUUGUUGCGCGUUCCUGAUACAGUAACUUCGA